CACCUGUAAGACUACGAUCGUCUACGCACAUGGACAAGCUUGAGCCUCUGCUCAAUAUCACCCGAAUCAGUGACAAGGUUGUCCGUAUCCUAGGACAGAAUCCAGGGAAGUUCACCCUCCAAGGAACAAAUACCUACCUCAUCGGACAGACAAACCCAUACAUCCUUCUGGAUGCCGGCCAGGGCAUACCAGCCUAUAUCCCUCUACUUCGCGAGGCCCUAGCGAAACCGGCGAACCCCUUGUCCCCUGACAUCGCCGACAUUAUCCUCACUCACAGGCAUCAUGACCACACACGGGGUCUCCCAUCCGUUCUCACUCUCCUCCGCGACCUAUGGGCCGAACGACACCCAGACAGUCCCUUUCAGCCUCCUCGGAUUCAUAAACAUCCCAUACCAUCCGAUGCUCCCCCAGACGAGACCCUCAACGAGAUAGAAUCCAGCCUGGAGGAGGGAACGUAUUCGCCUGCUCCCGAUGGUCGAGCCUUUCAUCCAUUAGAGGACGGACAGAUCAUCACACUUCCCUCUUCAACGGAUGACCAUCCUCUUCACCUGAAGGUUCUCUAUACACCGGGCCAUACCACAGAUUCCAUAUCACUGCUCUUCCCUCCGGACCGUGCAUUGUUCACAGGAGAUACUGUUCUAGGGAAGGGGACCGCAGUGUUCGAGGACCUCGCGUCGUACAUGUCAUCUUUGCGGAAGAUGGUCUUCGCCGCACGUACGCCUUCCGGGGACGGUGAAGGAUACGCGAUACUCUACCCGGCGCAUGGGCCUGUCGUGAAGAAUGGUCCUACGACGAUCAGGAUGUAUAUUGAGCAUAGGCUGGAAAGGGAAGGUCAAAUUGUCGAGGUGUUGAGCUCGAAGCCGGAGAGAUCGGGGGUGGAGGCGAAAGACGUUGAAGGUGGGGGGCAGGCUGAUACGUGGACGACGUGGGGGAUAGUGAUGAAGAUGUACGCAAAGCUUCCGGAGUCUCUGUGGGAGCCCGCGGCGCAUGGAGUGAAUCUCCAUUUGAGGAAGUUAGAGAAGGAAGGGAAGGUGAAGGUGGUGGGUGGAGAGGGAAAAGAGACGCAAUGGGUGUUGAUACAUCGUGCAAGCGAUAUACGAGAAGACCCGGAAUGAUAGUUCACGAUUUUGAUUAUGC